CUCACACCUGGUAUCGAUCAGUGUAGCAGAGUCGCAGACAGGGAAGGACGUACCCCCUUCCUCUGCCUUACUGCCCUCUACUCUCUCUUUUGUAAAUGGGGACCCACUGCCCACCACCAUGAGAACGAACUGCAGCAGAUACCUGCCAGGAGUCCCACCAGAGCACCUGUACUCUCCAGCACCCACCAGCAAGACCAGAGCCAGCGGCGGUGGCUGCCCGGAACAUGUCACACCGGUGUCCACCAAGGAUGGGCAGCUGCUCUCUGUCAUGCAGACCCUCACCACACAGAGCAGCCCCUUUAAUGGCCAGCCGAUAUGCAGGAUCUGCCAUGAGGGCAGCAGCCAGGAAGACCUGCUUUCCCCUUGCAAAUGUACAGGAACAUUGGGGACCAUUCACCGCAGCUGCCUGGAGCACUGGCUGACGUCUUCAAACACCAGCUGCUGUGAACUCUGCCACUUCAGGUUUGCAGUGGAGCACAAAUACAGACCAUUGGUGGAGUGGCUGAGGAACCCAGGCCCCCAGCAUGAGAAACGGACUCUCUUUGGAGACUUGCUGUGCUUCUUUUUUAUCACUCCACUGGCGAGCAUCUCUGGCUGGUUGUGUCUGCGAGGAGCAGUGAACCAUCUGCACUUUAGUAGCAGACUAGAAGCCGUUGGCCUUAUUGCACUUACUGUCGCACUCUUCACUAUUUACCUGUUUUGGACUCUAGUAUCCUUUAGGUAUCACUGUAAGUUAUACAGUGAAUGGCGUCGGACCAAUCAACGUGUGAUACUCGUACUGCCGAAUUCUGCCAACAUUCCCUCCAACCGGCAGUCUCCACUGGGCCUGCAGUCCGUCAAGAGGAACUCAAAGGAGACAAUAGUUUGAUUUGGGCAGUUACGCAUAGGGACCAUGCACUAAAAAUAUAUCCAUCAAACUCACUGGCAUCAAGCACUGUCCAGAACACUUAAGUGUGCUACUUCGAUUUACCAACUCUUCACAGAGGAAUAAGUCACUGUUUGUUUGAAUUCAAAUCAUGGAUGCUACAAUCACAUGAUUUUUGCUAAGCUGCCAAACUUGCUUUAUUAGCAGAUACUGUGUGGUAUUGUACAAACUUGUGUUAAUAAUUACAUCAUGAUGCAAACUUUUUUAUUGUUUAAAAUAUUAAACUGUGGUAAUUAUCAAUGAAAAACAGGUUUAAGAGGUGUUCUGUCUUUAUCAUUUCCUGUUCCUACAGUAUUAUUUAGGUAGAUCAACAGUAACCACUGCUGGUUUUAGUUUUCUAAAGCACAGCAAUGGCACUCGCCCAGUUGAUUUUAUUUGAAGAUCCUUUAGGGCAAUAUUCUGGAUUAUUAAAACUUUUGCGUUAUAAGUUCCACAAAUUGGCAUAUUAUUUAGAAGCUACAAAGUGAUCAGAAAAUGAUCUGCUGUUUCUUAUUUGGCAGGGAAAGAAAAUUCUAGGUAACAAAUUUAGCAUGUGCAAAAGAAAGAAAUGACACAAAUUGCA